AUAUUGUGUUAAUAAAUGUGUUUUUUAUAUUGUAGGAAAUUCUGUUGCCCUCAUAUACUUGUGGUGUGUGCGAAACUAUUGUUUGUACCAUAAAAGAAAGUGAAGAAAUAUAUCGUCACUCUUGUAUGGAGGGAUAUAAUGAAUGUUAGAUAGAUAAAAAUUCAUAUUAUUUUUAUCCUAAGAGCGGUAAACACAUUAGUAAUAAUUUUUCAUUAUUACAUAUUUUAUAAGUAACAUUACAACUAACAUGAAUGCUUUGUGUAGAUGACGGAUGUAUAAUACGCAAGAGUUUAAUAGAUGGUGAGGAGGUAAUUGCAACAGAUCAAGUCCCAAACCAAGAGGCCAAGAGCAAUUGGCGAAAUAAUAAAAUUUUGGAAGAAGAACAGCUCAUCGAAGAAGUCCAUAAGCGUCCCCCACUAUGGAAUUUCAAGCUUCCUCUUAGUGAGCGAAGUAUGCAAGCUAAAAAAAAGCUGUGGGAAGAAAUCAAAAUAGUAGUGAAUGGUACAAUGGACAUUACAAGUCUGAAAAAAAAAUGGAAAUCAUUGUGUGAUACUUACAGGACGCAUAAAAAUAAACAACAGAAACCAAGCAGUUCAGCAGGGACCUCAAAAAAAGGGACAAAAAGAAAUGGGUACACUUUGAACGGAUGAAGUUUCUUAGCGAUAUGCAGCCCGAAAUCGAAACUGUAACUAAUAUGGCACCAUUUCCCAACGAAGAUUCCAAUGAUACUGCGAUUUUUGAUGAAAGUAGUAGCAGUGGUUGUGGAUCACGUAAUCACAAACGUAGUUGCAGUAGCUUAGAUGAUAACGAAGAUAGUUUUGAUCGAUUAGUUGAUGCUAUAAAUCAAUCGAUUAAUGUACCACCAUUUGUGCCUCCUACGCCAACAGUGACUGACAAAGCAGCUUUAUAUGGUAACCUUGUUGCUACUCAAUUACGAGAAAUCAAUUCUCAGUUUGUGGACGACAUAAUGAUUAAAGUAAUGCAAUUGCUUAAUGAUGCUAAAAAAAGAUAUCCUAAUUAAAUCGCCUCCGUUUGUUUCCUCCACCAAUUGACAAAGCAGCUUUAUUUACUGUUACAAGUAUUAAAUAAGUAUUAAAUAAAUAAAUAAUAUAGUUAACAAUAUAUACAUUUAUAAUAAGUAA